AUGAGCAGGGUCCAACGGUCAAACAACCGCAUGUUCAACGACGAGACGGAGUUGGCAGAUUUUCAAAGGCCGGAGCAUGCACAUCUAAAAGGCGCUCAUAACCGCGAUGCACCCCUUCACCGCCACCACCACUACUACAACAACUACAACUACGUGGAAAUGACCGAGACGAGUAGGGCCCCCCUGCUACAUUGGGAGGCCCCAAGGGCUCAGGCUCCCAUAUACAGCAGAAAGGACCUCAUGAGGAGGUUCACGACGAACUUCUCAUGCACCGAUCUGUCGUUGGAUGGAUUUGAAACUACAACUGCCAACCCUUACGAUUUGCAACCACAAAAGGAAGAAGCCGAGAUCCCAACACAACGAUACGAGAACUUGACGUGCUUGGAGAAACAGCCCGAGAUACGCAACGAGAAGAGACUAUUCUCGUGGUUGUUUUCGAAAAAAGUACCCGAAGUGCCAUGCGAAAGCGAGAGAGUCGAGUACCCUUGGCAUAAGACCAAUCUCUUUAUGCGGCUCGGUUUUUGGUGGUUGUGGCCCGUGUUGAAAAAAGGUUAUAAACGCACCUUGUACGCUGGUGAUCUAUUUAAGCUCACACGUGACUUGGAAGUCGAACACUUGCAUGAAAAAUGGCAAGCAAAUCUCAACAAGAUCUUGGCCAAACACCGAAAUAAAUGCAGAAACCAAGACGGCAACCAAAACGGAAACCGAGAUAAAAAUAGACAUCCAGACUCGGAGGAAUGGCCACCGUACGCAAUCCCUUAUGCUUUGUUUCUCACAUUUAAAUGGCAAUACAUUCUUUCAUGCCUAUGCCUCUCCUUGGCCUUUGUCUGCAUAUCCUGCUCGCCAUUGAUCACCCGGCAAUUGAUAGACUACGUCCAGUACAGAUAUUUCAGGGUUUACACUACUUACACUAGAGGGGUCGCAUUAACAAUUGGUGCUGUGGUAUUGGUGUUUGUCAAUGGACUACUUCUCAACCACUUUUUCCACAAUGCCAUGAUUUGCGGGGCGCAGUCAAAGGCCAUUUUGACAAAAGCAUUGUUGAUGAAGUCGUUUAAGUUGAGCGCAAAGUCAAAACACAAGUUCACCGUGGGGCGAGUCACCAGUUUGAUGAGCACGGACUUGUCGCGAAUCGACCUCGCGAUUGGGUUCCAGCCUUUGGUCCUUUGCUUCCCGAUACCUGUCAUAAUAUCAAUCACAAUCUUGGUUCUCCACAUUGGAGCAGCCUCGUUGGUGGGGAUCGGUUUAUUUAUAAUCUCGUUGGUGGUUUGCGUUUUGUUGACACGGAAACUAUACACCACGCGGGAAAAAGUUGUGCAAUUCACAGACAAGAGGGUGUCUCUAAUGCGGGAGAUUUUGAAUAAUCUCAAAGUCAUCAAGUUCUACGCUUGGGAAAGCGCUUACAAAGAAGCUGUUACCAAAGUGCGCAACAGCGAGAUGAAGCAUCUUUUCACAAUCAAGGUGUUGAGGAAUUUCAUCACGGCUUACGCGUUGACAUUGCCAGUUUUGACUUCGAUGAUUUCGUUUAUCACCAUGUGGGCCACGGGGAGCAUGAAGACACCCGGGGAGGUGUUUAGCUCCUUGUCAUUGUAUGCCAUUCUUGCUCAAGCCAUUAUGUUGCUCCCAAUUGCUUUGGCUACGGGGGCAGAUGCCUUGAUUGGAUUUAGAAGAUGUAACGACUAUUUAUCAGCAGAGGAGGAGUCCACCCUGAAUCUCAGAGUGCAGGUACUUGAACCGGAGAAAAAAUACUGGGGUAGGGGUAAAAGUAGUGACAACGUAGCCAUUGCUGUUUCCCACGCUGAUUUCAAGUGGGACUCUUUCCAGGACAGCUUGGAUUCCGAGCUCUGGGACUCGGAUGACAGCAAAAGCCGAGCCUCAUCGUACACAAAAGCCCGCGUUGAAAGUGAAGAAGACGAUGACGAUGAUGCCUCAAUUUCCACAUUUGCAUGUACAGAAGACCAGGAUCAAAAUUUUUUCGCAGGCUUGAAGGAUGUUAGCUUGCACAUAAAGAAGCAAGAGUUUGUCAUCAUCACGGGCGUGAUCGGGUCGGGCAAGACUUCAUUAUUGAGCGCUUUGGCGGGCGACAUGAGGUUGUCAAACCCAAACAGCGGGUUGAUUGAGAGAUACGGCGAAGUGCUAUUGUGUUCGUCUCCAUGGAUCCAGAAUGCAACCGUGCGCGAGAACAUUUUGUUUGGCAAACCUUAUGAUGCUCAAAAGUACAAACGAGUGCUCUUUGCUUGUGCUCUCGAGGAUGAUAUGCUUCUUUUACCAGCUGGAGACAAUACCGAGAUUGGAGAGCGUGGUAUAACCUUAUCUGGAGGCCAAAAGGCACGAAUCAACCUAGCUCGAGCAUGUUAUACUGAUGCGGACAUUCUAUUGUUUGAUGAUGUGAUAUCUGCUGUUGACUCAAAAGUUGCAAGACAUAUAGUGGUUCAUCUAUUUCGAGGCUUGCUCAAGGACAAGACCAUUGUUUUAGCCACGCACCAGCUAGGAUUGGCGGAUUUUGCAGACAAGGUGGUCUUUAUUGAGCGCGGGUCUGUAUCUGUUGGCUCGGUCGCUAAAUUGACGCGGGAGAAUGCGCAAUUUGGAAAACUUAUCCAACAUGUCAAGGAGUCGCGAGAUGCAGAAGCAGAUGCAGAUGAGGGCUUGACGAAUUCCGACUACCACGUGACCAUCUCCAACAAUGACAUUAAUCCGUUCCGGGGUGAUGUCGACCAAGAAGAUGUAAUGAGAAGGACCACCACCGAUGAAGAGCGCGCUACAAAUGCAAUUUCGUGGAAAAUAUACAAAAAAUACAUUGAGUUGGGCUCUGGAGUCUUUGGCAAAUUGGCGAUUCCCUGUUUUUUCGUGGUGAUUUGUAUUGCCACGUUUUUCCAAGUGUUUACAAACACCUGGCUCUCAUUCUGGAUCGAGAAGAAAUUUAGCGGGCGUGAUGAUCGGUUUUACAUUAUCUUUUAUGUGAUAUUUGCUGUUUUGACUGUGAUUUUCACGGGAAUUGAGUUUAGUAUGUUGGCCUACAUGCAAGAUUGUUCCGCCAAUUUCCUCAACUUGAAAGCGGUGAGCAAAAUCUUGCACGCGCCCAUGUCUUAUAUGGACACCACGCCAUUGGGAAGAAUUUUGAAUCGGUUUACAAAGGAUACCGACUCCUUGGAUAACGAGAUUGGGGAGCAGAUGAGAUUGUUUAUUUUCCCAUUGGCAUUGAUCAUCGGCAUCAUUGUCCUAUGCUCUAGCUACUUGCCUUACUUUGUCGCUGCCGUACCAUUCUUGGCAUUUGCAUUUGUAUUUUUAGCCAAUUUUUACCAAGGCUCGUCGCGGGAGAUUAAGCGAUUGGAGGCGACGCAGAGAUCGUUGGUUUACAACAAUUUCAAUGAGACUUUAACGGGGAUGGCCACCAUCAAAGCGUUCAAUGCCGAGUCCGACUUUAUCAAAAAGAAUGAUCGGUUCUUGAACAAGAUGAAUGAAGCCUACUACUUGUCGAUUGCAACCCAGCGUUGGCUCUGUGUCCACUUGGACGUCAUUACCUCAGCUUUUGCAUUGAUCAUUUGCAUGCUCUGCAUCACCGAGCAGUUCAACAUCAGUGCGUCAUCAACUGGGUUGUUGUUGAACUACGUGAUGCAACUAGUGGGAGUGUUGUCCUUGACCAUCAGGUCGAUGACCGCCGUCGAAAACGAAAUGAAUUCAGUCGAGAGAUUGUACGAGUACGCGUUCGAUUUGCCGCAGGAGUCUCCUUACACUAUUGUUGAAAACACGCCGCCACCAGAAUGGCCGGCUUCCGGGUACGUCACAUUCAAGGACGUCCAUCUCAGAUACAGACCGGACUUGCCGUUGGUGCUAAAAGGGUUGAGCGUGAAUUUCUACCCCGGUGAAAAAGUUGGAAUUUGUGGAAGAACAGGUGCAGGCAAAUCGUCCAUCAUGUCCGGGUUGUAUCGACUCACCGAGAUAGAACAGGGGAAGAUUGAAAUUGACGGCUUGGAUAUUUCGCGCAUGGGUUUGUUUGACUUGAGGUCGAAACUAUCAAUCAUUCCCCAGGAUCCCGUGCUUUUCCAAGGCACAAUUCGGAAAAAUUUGGAUCCUUUUAACGAGCAUAGCGAUUACGACUUGUGGAGAUCCUUGUCCGCCGCGGGCUUGAUUGAAAAGAGCCAAAUACCCCAGCUUUCUUCUUCUUCAGCGCAAUAUCUGCCAACGUCGUCGUCGGAGAUCAACUACAAGUUGCUUCACAAAUUCCACUUGGACCAAGUUGUGCAAGAUGACGGCGGUAAUUUUUCAUUGGGCGAGAGGCAGCUCAUUGCAUUGGCCAGAGCCUUGGUUCGCAAGGCGCAGAUUCUCAUCCUUGACGAAGCAACCAGUUCUGUUGAUUUUGCCACGGACCUCAAGAUUCAAAAUACGAUUGCGCGGGAGUUUAGAAACUGCACCGUGCUUUGCAUUGCCCACAGAUUGAAAACGAUACUAGACUACGACCGGGUGCUUGUGAUGGACAAGGGGCAGAUUGUUGAGAAGGGCGAGCCUUGGAAGUUGUUCAAUGAGGGCGGCGUUUUCAGGUCAAUGUGCGACAAGGCCAAUAUCGAUGAAAGUGACUUUUAA